UCUUCCCCUCCGACACGACCGCUCUCCCUCUCAUCACCACAAUCCCGCCGCUGCAUCCUCUUCAACCACCUCUCACUUUCCCCUCACUUCCUCACUCAACUUUCAUAAUGGCCGCUGUUGCUGAGAACGGCCACGCGCCCGUGGCUGACGAGAACGCCGCCCCCGUUGCUGCCGCCGUCGAACAGAAGGAACAGACCGAGAAGACGACUGUCACAGUAUUCCACGAUCCCGAAAACUUCAAUGUGAAGCAUCCUUUGAUGCACGAGUGGACUCUGUGGUUUACCAAGCCCCCUAGCGGCAAGGGCGAUAACUGGAAUGAUCUGUUGAAGGAAGUCGUGACUUUCAACUCCGUUGAGGAAUUCUGGGGUAUCUACAACAACAUCUCGCCGACAUCCGAGUUGGGCCUCAAAGCAGACUACCAUCUCUUCAAGAAGGGAGUUCGUCCCGAGUGGGAAGACCCCCAGAACAAGCACGGAGGCAAGUGGUCAUACUCUUUCAAGGACAAGCGCUCCGUGCCCAUCGACGACCUGUGGCUGCACGCACAACUGGCCGCUAUUGGCGAGACUCUCGAGAACGAUGGUGACAACGAGGUUAUGGGUGUUGUUGUGAAUGUACGCAAGGGCUUCUACCGUGUUGGUCUGUGGACUCGGACUGUUGGCAAGAGUAUCCCCGGAGACAAGAACGGUCGCACACCCGCACAGGGCAAGGAGAUCCUCGAGAACAUCGGCCGGCGCUUCAAGGAAGUCCUUCGUCUCAAGGAGGCUGAUGCCGUUGAGUUCUCGGGUCACACGGACAGCGCACACAGCGGCAGCACGAGAGCCAAGGCCAAGUACACUGUCUAAGGUAUAUAACCUGUGUGUGCAGCUCCAUUUACGAGGUAUUCAUUGCGGAUCUGUUUCUUUGCUACGGAAUAAUGGGAAGUCUUUGUGACGAUGGUUGAUAACGAAUCCGAAUGGACCGGCAUGAGGAAAUGCGCGUCCGACUUGCUUGCAUUUGCAGUUACAGUGGUGGUUCG